CCUGUGUAUUCCGGACGUUACAGCGAUGCCCCGGUGUCCGAUUUGCGACGGAGAAAACUUUGAGGAGAUUGACGGGCGGUAUUACUGCGACGAAUGUCAUACAGAGUCACAGGAUGUCAGAGAGUUGCAACAAGAAGCAGGAUAUGUGGACCCUUCCCUCAGGACACGUCGACUCAGAGAGACAGGCACUCCGACAAAAAAAGGGUUAACGUUGGAGGAGUCCUACCCGUGGUACACACAUGAAGCCUUCCAGGUCAUCAUCAAGGCACAGGUGGAUACGUUAGUGAAGAUGGGCGUCAGUCCGAGACUCAAGGACAUAGUGAAGCAGCUGUGGUUCUCUUACCUGAGUCGGUGUGGGGUGGCGUUUACCGGGGUGGCCCAGGAGCACCAGCCCCACACACAGGACGGGCUGACCUUCAGACAACAGGACAGGAUGACUUCAGCUACACACAGGAGGAAAACUGACACACAGGCACAGGCAGGGGAGGACAAGGGAUCAGAGGGAGAGUCAACAGAUGCAGGAUCUACCCAUGAUCCUUUGAGUAGCCAGGCCUCCGCCAGAAGUGACCUUGAACCUAUAGAUGAUAUUGACAUGUACAUCCGCGGGGUCUCCGGACCGGAGACUGAAACAUCUGACACGUCAGUGUACGUUACGUCUGACACGGAUGAUGACCGGGAGGACGAUCGUGGCUCAGUUGACAGCCGCAGCAGUGGUACAACUCGUGGUAAGAAGAGAGGCACAUACCCCAUCCAGAGAAUGACCAUGUUACGGACACUGUGUUUCUCCUACCUGGGGAUUCUGUGGUUACAGGAACCAGUACUGCCCUCAGACAUCAUCAGGUGGGUGCGUGAGGGCCACAUACCAUACAUUGCUGUGAAAGAGCUGCUCCCCAAACACAUGAAACUGGGCAUCCAGGACUGUAACAACUUCUGUGUUCAGGCCUUCCCGUCGUACCAAGUUAUCCAGAACAACACAGCCCGCCUGGCGAGGUUUCUCCAGCUGCCCCCACUGCCGGAGGUGGACUUCAGCAGGGUCACCAGCAGGUUUAUACUGGACCUCAACCUGCCUGCUGAGCUGCAUGGGUUGGUCGGGAAGUUACUGACCCAGCGCCCUAUUGACCCCACCCUGUGGUGUAACCGGUAUGACGCCAUGUUGAACCACGAGGCCAUCGCCAUGGGUCUCAUCAUUGUGGUACUCAAGCUGCUGUUUGGACUAGAUGACAACACAGAGAGGACUCUCUCAGAGACUGCCAGGGAGUUACAGAGCAAGGAAAAACCAGAUGUGAAGUUGUUUGUGUUUGAAGACUGGAUGAGUUGGGCCAUGGAGAGAAGGGAACAAAUGACAACAAGAGGGCUGCCCAAAACUGACAGAGCUAUGGAGAAGAUCAGAGAUGUUGAACAGUACACAGACUACUACAAGGAAGUCAUAGCCAAGUGGAAACAAAACUACAGACCUAAAGUCAGGCCGAGAUAUGAGGACGCAUUUCUGAAGAAGCGAGAGAACCGUGAUGCGGUCCAGAGGCCCUUCCAGUCCCUGGCGUCCGGCAGCAGAGAACAGCGAGCCGCGCCCACCAGUUUCCCACUUUCAUUUGGAACUGUCGCUUCCAUGACAACACAUUCAUCACCAGUCGAUACUGACUUCAAAUGCCACACUCUGAAGUACAUCACAGACAGGGAGGACCUGUGGACCGCCAUAAGGAACUACCCAACGUACCCGGACUUCAGGCUCCGCUACACGGGGAGUAACACGGGCGGCGGGCGCAUCGUCAGGGUCACGGACCAGGAGCACCUACACGACACGUACGAGUUCGUCUUGGGCCUCUGCGCAGGACUCAUUGAACAGGACAAGUAUGGACUACACCACUACGUCACAACCUUAGAGAAACUACUGGGGGCGGCAGAGGUGGAGUAG